AUGAGACAGGCACCCUUCACAAGAGUUCCCUUGGCGGCUUGCUCUCUACGCUCCCAUAUCAAUGCCAAUGCAUUUGGCCGAGGGUGGAGACCUCCGCUUGGGGGACAUUCUACGAUACGAUACACUUCUUCUAUCCAGUCAGGACAUAUUUCACUAGCAGACAACCAAGGGAUAAUCUAUGUCAAUAAUAUCUUUCCACACCGGUUACAAUGGCUCCUGCGGGGCCCCCUCAGUCACGUUCAGCCCCUCGAGGGCAUUUUGAGAAAGAUCGACAAGCCCGGAGUGGCAGCGUCUGAUCCACUUCGAAUCGUCCAAAGGGCAUUGCCUAAAGACUUGGAUCUGGAGAUCAAAGAGGUCGUCACGAGGUAUAAAGAAGGCGGUGCAUUCCUGAAAUAUGCGCGCAAGCCAGGCAUGGAUGACAAGUCUAUUCAACAUGCAGUCAAGGAGCAUCUACAAAAAAAUCCUAUCAAUCCCUGGUUCAACCCAUUCCAGGUGGUGGACGCGGACCUCGUGCGUGGAAUACCGUGGAUCGAAGACCUUUAUCGAAUUCCAAGCCAGACCAUCAAGGUGGAAUUCUUGUCUACCUCUCCCGAUAGCUCAGCUGCUGAGCUUACUCAAGAAGCUUUGUACUCGCUGUUUCGCCCAUAUGGAAAGCUCCUGGAUAUCCAACCCCAACCCUCUGACUCCAAAGUGGAACCUCGGUAUGCGACUCUGCGAUUUGAACGACCUCGAUAUUCCGUCAUGGCAAGAAAUUGUAUGCAUGGCUUUAUUGUUUCUGAGGAAGCUGGUGGUGGUAAAUCCGGAACAAGGUUCAAGAUCAACUACGAACGCAAGAUCAAGCUGUCUAUGAUCAAGGACUGGAUUUUGAACCACCCAAGAAUAGUUAUUCCCGCUUUGGCUGCCUUGAUUGCCACCAUCACAGUCAUUAUCUUUGAUCCGAUUCGCACAUUCUUCAUCGAGCUCAAAAUUAAGUCGACACUACAACAUGAAGAGAACCCGAUCUUGCAAUGGGUUCGCGCGCAAGUCAGCAAAACCAACAUGUUUUCCUUUGGCAAGAGCAAAUCAGACCCGCGUGGCCUGGCAGCUAUUUGGGAGGACCGACAAAAGGACAUAUCGCAGCUGCAAGCCUGGCUAACCGAGACUGCGGAAACAUUCAUCGUCAUUCAUGGGCCACGGGGCUCAGGUAAACGUGAGCUGGUCUUGGAACAAGCGCUGAAAGAGCACAAAUACAAGGUCGUCGUUGACUGCAAGCAAAUCCAAGAUGCUCGAGGUGACACGGCUAAGAUCUCACGAGCGGCGGCCCAAGUCGGCUACCGGCCAAUCUUCUCCUGGAUGAACAGCCUAAGUAGCCUGAUUGACUUGGCCGCACAAGGAAUGAUUGGUACCAAGGCUGGAUUCUCCGAGACACUCGAUGCGCAGCUGAGCAAGAUCUGGCAGAACACCGCUGUUGCUAUGAGGCGGGUUGCUUUGGAAGGAAGACGCAAGGAGGAUAAAGAUUUCAACAUGUCCGAGGAUGAAUACCUGGAGGCCCAUCCGGAGAAGCGACCUGUUGUCGUCAUUGAUAACUUUGUGUAUGAUGCAGAGGACAGUGUUGUGCUUGACAAGAUGACGCAGUGGGCGGCUGGUCUGACCUCGGCAAAUAUUGCACAUGUUGUCUUUUUGACAACUGAUUCCUCCUUUGCGAAGCCUCUGAGCAAAGCUCUCCCUAAUCAAGUUUUCCGCACAAUUGGUCUGGGGGACUGCUCACUCGAUGUUGGCCGUCGUUUCGUUCUAAGUCAUCUGGAUGCAGUGGGAGGCGAAGGUGACAAGGAGCAAGAUGCGAGACGUAAGGAAACACUACAUGGCUUGGACUCUUGCAUCAAGGUACUUGGCGGUCGAGUCACUGACCUUGAGUUCAUGGCUCAUCGGAUUGAAGCUGGAGAGACACCCGAAGCUGCUGUGAACCGUAUCAUUGAGCAGUCAUCAUCGGAAAUUCUGAAAAUCUUCAUCCUGGGUACAGACUCGAUGACACCUCAAUGGACUCGUGAACAAGCGUGGCAUCUGAUCAAGUCUCUGGCAAGCUCCAAGGAUGGCACUCUACUGUACAACAAAGUCCUUCUUUCCGAUCUAUUCAAAGAUAAUGGAGAGGCCACUCUACACGCUCUAGAGCAAUUAGAGCUCAUCUCUGUGGGCACUGACAUGGGGUUCCCAAGAUACAUCAAGCCCGGAAAGCCCGUAUAUCGCGCUGCUUUCCAGCGCCUAGUCGCAAACAAGACUCUCCAAGGUCGUCUUGAUAUGUUGAUUCUCGCACAACUUAUGAGCAACGAGAACUCGAGUAUCAGCAAGUAUGAGCAGGAACUACAGGUUCUCGGCUCUUUGCCGAAGUAUCCAUGGGAACUCACUUCUAGGAUCGAAUGGCUUCUACGCAAGGUCCAUGGAUCGCAGGCUAAAAUUCGGAAGUAUGAGAGCGAGAGCGCGGCUCUCUCGAAGAUCCUGCAGAAUGAGAACUGA